AGCAAUUAAUUUAAUCAUCUGUUGAUAAUUAUUAUCUUAAGGCCACUAAUUGUUGCUAUAAAACAAAAAAAAGUUAAUUAUCUAAGAGGAAACUGAAUCUAAAUGGAUUUAAUAAUCUCCAUGUUUUCAGAAUGAUGGAAAUGUUAUCGUUGCGAUUUGAUUGUUAUUAGUUAAUUGUGAUAUUAUUGUUUCCAAAUGUAUUCUUAUUUAUCUAGUUCGCUGGAUGAGAUUCGGUUAGAUUUUGAGGCCAAAUCGAUUCUCCUCGAAUUGGAAAGACUCAAAUCGCUCCCAGAGAAUCAGAAACAUCGUUUCAUUUGGGAAUUGAUUCAAAACGCCAAAGAUUGUGCUCGACCCAAUGAACGGGUGACAAUCGUCAUCAACCUGGAAAAGGAUCGAUUUGUGUUCGCCCACAAUGGCCUCGAAUUUAGAGUGAAAGAUUUGAUCGCUUUGGCUCGCAGAGGAUCAACUAAAACCUUUGACGAGAAUCGACUUGGUACUGGUUUUAUAAAGACCCACGUUCUCAAUAAAACUGUCCAAAUUAAAGGUCAAUUAGCGACAGCUCGAGGUUUCCGUGAUUUCGUGUUGACUUUAAAACGAUCAGCUGAUAAUCUUAAUGAUAUGAAGAUUCUGCUAGAGGAAACUUAUCAACAGAUCGACUCGUUGACUCGCCAGCAUCAUAAUGACUCAGUUGACCUGACGAGUACUAGGAAAGGCUCGUUGGCCUCUUCGCCAUCUUUAUCGACAGUGACCAGUCAUAAUUUUUCAUCAUUCGAAUAUCAUCUUGAUCCCGAUUCUUAUGCUAUGGUUUGCUCAGCACUCGAAGAUCUCAGGCGUAAUAUCAUUUUCGUAUUGGUAAUCAAUGAGUCAAUUGAUUCAAUCGUCGUUAAUCAAAAUGGUUCACAAUUGAAAUAUACUCUUAAAAGCAAGCCCAUAUUUAGAAAAAUUUUUCGAGCCAAAGUGUCCGGUUUGUCCCAUUCAAUGUUAAUUCGCCCGUGCGACUCAUUCGGCCUGAUCCUUGGUGUUAACUGCUCUAAAUCGGGUUCCAAUGAUUACUAUUUAACCUCCAUUUCGGGUCAGGCCAAAAUAUUCAAAGAGUUUCCUCUUAUUGGUACUGAAGAUUUUAAUUGUGCUCCAUUGAUACAAAGUUCACAUUGGAUGGCAAGUGACCUUAGAGAUGGACUUAGGAUUAAAAAAACAUCGGAAGCCGAAUCUGAUCACAUCGCUGAAAUAAAUAGAUCAAUUCUUUGUGCUUAUCGUGAUUAUUGGAUCACUUUCAUUAGUGAACUAAUCGACCUUCAAGUGCUAAAUCGUCACAUUCUGGCGAUAAGUGGCCUUCCCAGAUACUCAAAUCGUUACUCGGAUAACCUUUGGUUCAGAAAGACCAUUCAAUUACCCUUAAGAUCAUUUAUUCGAAGUCAAGAUUUAGUUCGUAACACAAGAUCGACAAAUGAACUUUACUAUUAUUCACGAAUCGACGAUUGCCUUUUUCCCGAUUGUUCAAUUAAUCAAACUGUUUGGCAUUCGAUUGCUUCAGCAAUUAUAACCAAAUCAAAAGAUUGUCCCCAUUUAGAAGUCUCGUCGAAAUGGAUCCAAAUAAUUAACCAAGAUUAUCGAGAUUGGGGAUUACCGGUAAAGUUCAGCGUCGACGAUGCCAUUCAACUAAUCGAGGCCACUUCGAUUGAUUAUAUUUCUAAAAGUGAAGAUCGAGCAAUUAAUUGGUUAAAUCAGUUGAUUCAUUUUCUAUCAUCAUAUGAUUGUUUUCACGAUUUACUCAAGAAAAGGUCAAUCUUACCUUCUCAAAAUGGUAUCUUAAGGUCAUUCCAAGGUGCCCCAAAUAAACGAGAUCAAUUGCUUCACCAUGAAAUGGACAAUGGGCUCGAGUUGAUCGACGAAACAAUCAAAGAUAUUUACAGUGAUUUAGGUGAUGAUUUAAGAGACAAUUUACUCCAUAAAGGUAUUGAUACAAAUCAAUUAACUUGGUUACCCCAGAUGAGAGUGGAAACAGUUUUCAUUAAUCUUGAAAUUUUACUCAAUCGUAUCAGUGGAUUAGGUCAAAGAUUAAAUCUUGACCUUUUAGAAUCAGCAUUCACCAUGAGUCUAUUAUUUCACUCUGAACCCGAUUCAAUAACUGUAACUUUAACUCGAGUAUUGAAACAGUUAUAUCCAUCAAUUGAAUGUUUUCCUAUUUGUGAGAAAUCAUAUCAAGUUUACCCUCGGGCAUUUUUCCUUCGCUGGACACUGACCAUGUUAAUCUACAGGAUUCAGUUGAUUGUUAAACCAAAUGAAGAGACAGUUAAAGUUGAUCAGUUAACCACAUCAAUGCCACUGAUUGUUAACAUAUAUGAUUGGAUCAAUGAUAUUAUCUUUCUAUUGGAAAAAUGUGAUUUAACUAAUUUACUUUAUCAGAAUCAAUUGAUUCCUCUUCAAAGUGGACAUUUGACCAAAAUUACUCCUGAAAUUUACCUGGAAAAUGAACCGGAAACUUUUCAAUCAAGUGAAAUAUCAUUUAAAUUGUUGGUCAAUCGAUUUGUGAAAGAUGAUCAAGGAAAAUCAAUUGAUUGUACCAAUUGGUUGGUCGAUAAUCGUAUCAAUUGUAAACCUGAAACAAUUAGACGAGAAAAUGUUAAACAAUUAACUUUCAUGUUGGACUCAAUUUUCAAGCAAAUAUUUGAUGGAACCUUAAACAUUGAUGAUGAUCAUCAUCAACAAUCAACUGAUUGGAUUGAAUUGUUUCACCAAUUGAUUGUUUGGUGUUCCGAUGAUCCAGUUAAUCGUUUCAAUCUAUUUCCAUUGAUGUCUGCAUACAAAGGUUUUCUUAUGGUCAAAGCUCAUGGAUGUCAAAGUUCAAAAGUAGCCCUUAGUAUUGUCCACUCUGGUAAAGAAUGGUCAACAAUUGAACAACUAAUCAAUCUACAAUUAGAUGUUAAUCUUUUACAAUCAAUUGACAUGAUUAGCCAAACAAAAGGCUCCCGGUGGAUUGAAAAGAUUAUCAAUAAUGCUGAGAUAAUUGAUAAACUAUUAGUUAAUGAUCACAAUUUAGUUGAGGUUAAUUCAUUACUUGAGAUGAUGAAUAUUGAUGAGGUGAAAAAUUUGAUUAAAAAUUCAACUCAAUUAGUGAACAAUUCACCAUCAAUUGAGACAAUUGAUUCAACUGGAGAAAAUAAUUUUCAACAACAAUCAACAACUUCCAAUGAAUCUAUUGAUAGGAUUAGAUUAGUUUCAUCAAUUGUUGAUAUGAUUACUAAAUCGUUUUCAUAUUAUCCUUCAAUUAGAAUUGAACAAUCAGUGAUGGGCAAAGAUUUAAUCAUUUCAAAUACAUUCAAUGGUCAACGAAUGUCCAUCAAAGUGUGUCCACUUCAUCAAGGACAAAAUUUCGUAAAAUUGACCAAAUUUGAAGCUCUAACUUCGUGUGCUGAAAAAUCUGAUUACUCUUUAUGUUUAAUUGAUUGUGAUGAUCCUCUCAAUGGUAAAUUUAUUCUGGACAUUGGUCAGUUAAUCGAGGAAAAGGUUAAAUUGAAACAAUUAGUUGAGAAAAAUGAUUCUAUUUGUAUCACUUCAACAUCAACUGAUUUUAAUGUAAUCAUAUUUAAAGAGAUUUGGAUCAAAUUAUCAAUUGAUUUUGAUUCAUUUAAUUUACAUAUGAAACAAUAUUUACGAUUAUGAUUUGAACAAUCAAAUCAAUUCAUGAGCCAAUUAAACUAAAUUUAAUUUCA